UUAAGUUAACCCCCGGCCCCACCCCUCCCGGCAUUCUCCUUACCUAAACGUCCACAUCAAGUUAGCGAGGAACAAGUGAAUUUGUCGACGGCCCAUUAUUGUCUCUCUUUAGUUUCCUAUAUUUUGAUUGCAGAACCAAUUCAUUUGUCGUCAACUUUGUAUCAAGGGUGGUGGACUAGGGCAGUAUUUCGGCGACGGGAGGGGAGGUAGCCUGUGUAGAACGCGCGCAAGGAAUAAUAGGCAGUGAGUUGGGGCGGUGCCAGAGAGCGAAAACACUUGCCCUACGGUUAACACUCGCUCCCUAUUUGCUCGAGCGCCUGUUAUGCGGGUUCAAGAGGGGAUGAAUUCUAGGCUAGGAAAAACUAGGCAGAACUAUGAUUGGUUUAAUAAUACGUUCUUCAUAGCCACAGCAGUACUAGUGGUUCGUUAUCACAUCUAGAUUCUCUCCUUGUAGCACGCACGUUUUAAAGCAGCGGCUUGCAUGCAAUGACAAGCCUGACAGUACCAGCGCAAAGAGACACAACCAAUCUCUUCUAAACAUAUUGUUAUAACUCGUAGCGCUUGAUCUGUAUACGCCGUCAACAUUAUUUUUUUUGAAACGUUCGUUCAGAGACCGUGUUCUCUCCUGCGCUCUUGAAACACGUCACGGCGAACUUAAACUGAAACGGAAUCGGCUUACUAAGUAAUUUCUGAAAGAGUUCAGUUGUUUCUUGAUUGUUGCGUUAAGCGAUGGUUUGGGACCAUCAUGUUGGUCUUAUGAUUCGAAGUCGUUCAAGGUAGGUCUAGCUUAGCCCGCACAUGGUGUGUGCGGAGUCUCAUUUGAUCGAUUUAUUUAGUCUGAGCAAUAAUUUUUAUUGUAGGUAUUGAUAGAUGUGCUUAGGAGCUGCUACUGACCUUUAAUUUGCUUUGGUAUUCACGAGAGAUCUAUUUUUUGUCAAGUUGUUUUGGUUUGGUUUGUCUCAAGACUUUCGUUAUCACGAGUUUUUUAUUCAACAUUUUCUAUUGGCUUUGGAUAGUCGUGUGGGAAUGCUUAGGUUCGUUUCGUCUAGUAGCGUCAAACAAUUUAGAUAUUUUCACGUAUCAGACGAUAUACGUAGGUUUGUUUGGCUUUCUAAGUUACUGCGAACAGAGAGAACGUGCGGAAGAAUAGAGAAAAAAAAUUAAACUUCUUCGAAGAAAAGGAAGAUCUUGUUUUGUAUCUCUAAGUGUGUAUUUUCUCAGCUAAAAUGCUUUUUUUAAGGCAGUCAUUAUCAAAAACGAAAAUGCUAUUACAGGUAAUUACACGAGCAAUUCAUUUGAAAGACAAGAAGCACAGUGAACACUGAAUCAAAGCUAAACGCGCGAAGCCGGCUAAAACUUUCAGCUGGACCAUGGUUGGGAAAAUGAAUUACUAAUACGUUGCGGUAAGCCAAUCUUCCGUUGGUACAUUUACCCAUAACUCUAAGCGCACGAAAACUUAAACAACGCUCAUAAAAACGUACAGAAAAGUUCUAAACAUCUUUAAAUCUAGCAUACACUAUGUCGUGAGUACAGGGACAAAUAAUGCAAAAAUAUGGCUUUCCCUGUACCAGUUAUGGCCUGUUUAAGGUUCGCAUGGUAUAUUGUGGUAAAAUGUACAACCACCAUAUUUUUUUCCUACAGAUUGUUGCAAGCCGCGACUGGUCCUGGUUGGUUAGAAGUACCCCGGUAACGGUUUCUCUGAUUGGUUUACGCAUGUAACCGAGGAGGCCUUAAAAUACACAUCAAAUAGUAUUUUUGCUUGAUUUCUAAUUAUUUUUAAUUUGUUUGUAUUGUGGCUGUGUAGUUUGACUGGUACUGUAGCGACUGCGGUUUUAAGUUUAGAAGAGAGAUUAUCAGAGGUUCAUCACUCAACUUUAUAAACUUACUUACAAUCCGCAGUCUCCUUUGGUUAAAUUUCUUUCUACAUUAUAUUCGUGUGAAUUGUCUUGCUAACUUGAAUUAGGCCGGAGGUUUUUCCCUGCGAACGACAAAUUUCUAAUCGGUAAUUCAGAUUUUGCAGGCGUGUCUUCUAAAUUGUGGUUUUUGUCCAACUGUGUUUGCAGGCUUUAAUAGCCUCAACAGUGUGAUAAUUCUUCCAGACUCUUACAGUACUUCGCUGACAUAUGAAGACAGAGUUAGACAUUUUCAAAUUAUAGCAAAAGGACUUAAAUUUUCAGGUAAGAUUGGUUAACGUAAUUAUUAAUCACUGAUAAUUAUGAGCUAUGUUUUUCAUUUCACACGGCAAAGUCUGUUCUAUUCUCUAAACUGGCAGUCUGCCGAGCCAGACGAUUCGUGAUUUUUAAAGAAACGAUGAUUCGCCUAAUCUGUUUAUCUCGCGGCAGUGCGAUUUUUAACUUCGUUAAUUUCGAAGCCAGGCCGGGGCUCGUUUCUCGAAAGCCCCGGAAACUUUACGGGCCCGCAAAGCCAUUUUUAUUUAAUCGGUAUUUAAAGAAAGAGAGGUGUAUACGUCUGAAACUUCUUUUAUGAAGGGCGCCUCUGUUCAUAAGGUUUGAGAUUUCGCUACGGUUUCUCGGGUGCGAAAACUUUUCGGGACCUUCGAGAAACGGGCCCAAGGCCUUUAAAUGAGUUCAUUCAUUCCUGGCAAGAGCCUGGAUGAUGAGACAUUCUCGACGUUACCUUAACAGUCCGUUCUAAAAUAUUGUUUGCGCCCAUUUCAUUGAUAUUAAGGAAAAACAAAUUAAUAUCGCAAACAAAUUGCGAGAUACCUUGUAUUUGAUGUUGAAACAGUUAAUGAGUAAGACAGAUGUAUGCGAAAUAGCUUCGAAACGCACUGUUUUAUUUUUAUGGCAAAAUUCCGCGCAAUUCACUAUUCCAAAUAAGUCAUGUUUUAUCUGGAGUCAAGAAUUCCAGUCAAUAUAAAUUCUUCCUCAUGGGAAAUUUGAGUUGAAGCCAAAUCACGCAAGCAUUGUUCUCUCUGUCAUUUAUUGUCGUACAAUCCCCCAGUCACGCGUAAUGCAAGCGUUCUGGAAUGGAGAAUUGCAGGUUUAUCCAGGUUUGUUUUCCAUCUCAGUGCCGUGCGUCUCUCCUCCGCAUAGGCCUCUUUCGUGCGGCAUUGACCGUACAACGCAGUAAAGGGGCUGGAGAGAGGAGAAAGAGAGUGCAUAAGGGAACACUGGAAACAGAGGGAACAGAGAAAAGAAAGCUCGUGAAGGCAGCCUGAGCUGUGUUGCAUUGAAAAAAUGCAGAGUGCCUAGCCAAUAAGAGAACGGCAUUCGUGAUAGACCGCUAGUAGACUUAUACUAAGGUAACGCAUCCGGCGCAAAAUAAGGGGUCCUUAGAGGGGUUAAAUCCAACAUAGACUACCAGACCCCCCCAACUUGAGUUCCGGUUAGAAUACUACAGGGGUAAUGUCACGAAAAACUCUCCCCACUGAUGACAUUAUAGUACAGUUAUCCAUUAUUGAAGGUCAAAUUAUUUUGAAAAUGUUCCGUACACAAAGUGGUACCGUGUUGUAUUUCGUCCUUUCUCUCUGAAUUUCAAAAGUAAAAUCUGAGAUUCCGUGAAAAAAAGAAAACCUGAAAAAUUCAAGAUCGUUGUUGUUGUUGUUGUGUUUUUGAAGAACCAUAUGGCUGGCGUCGCGUGAUUAAGGUCGAAUCAACACGGGAAAAUCUUGACAAGCGAAUCCUGUUUUGAAAAUACAGGCCUACUUAGGUCUACAUACUGCGCAGUGUAUCGGCUGACAACACUACUCCUCUCUAGGUCAUCUGAAAUUGACACUGUUUCUUUUUGCGAUCACGUCCGUGCAGAUUUCCUUUUUACGUUAGAAAUUAACCGACGGUUAUUAUGCUUGGUUUAUAACAGGACAGAUCGCGCUUCCGUGCGGGUACCCGUCGUGGUUGGAUUUAAAAAGUUGACGAACAGGAUUUUCACCUAUCAUCAGUUGCAUGAGAAACCGGUUUAUCAAUUACCAACCGGGCUCCAACCACAAGAGUGAAAACCCAGUAUUCAUGCGCGCCUGGGUUUAUCUACAGAGUCUUUGGUAGAUCGUGUGCGGUCCACGGACAGAAUGGCGAAUUAUUGCAAAGAUUUCAGCUGUGAUUCGCGCAGAUCUUGGUUCGUUUGUGGGUCUUCUUUCGUCGUGCAAUUCAUCAUCUUUGGAGUGCAUAGUUCUGUGGGGAUUUUCUUUAUUGCCUUCGGGAGGGAAUUUCAUCGCAGUGAAUCGGCUACAGCAUGGGUGGGCUCGCUGGCGUUCGGUGUUAUGUUUUUCAUGGGCCCCUUAACCACGGUCCUCUGCGAGCAAUUAGGAUGCCGGGUAGUCACGUGCCUUGGAGGCAUUCUGUCAUUUGUGGGUCUUCUAACUACGUCAUUCGUCACCAAUUUUACUCUGUUGUACAUUACCUAUGGGCUCCUCUGGGGAGCUGGGACGAGUUUCUGUUACUUCGCCUCUCUAGUAAUUUUACCGUCGCAUUUCAGAAACUAUUUAUCAUUGGCUUACGGAAUUGCCAUCGCUGGAGCUGGAUUGGGUGUUCCGCCGAUGACGUGGGCCAUCAAUCAACUUAUUGCUCAUUAUGAUUGGAGGAUAACGAUGCGAAUUCUCGCUGGAAUGUCAUUGUUAAUGUGUGUUUCGAGUUUGAGCUACAGCAGACUUGAGGAUAAGCAAGAACAACGUGUUCAGCUGCAAAAGAAGGACAGACGUAGAAGUUUAGAUAUUGGCAUUCUUUACAAGAUUAAAUUACGUUUGUUGGAAUUUCUCAGUUUAAAUCCUUGGAAAAAUAAGGCCUUUGCGGUGUGGGCCAUUUCCUUGAGUUUCAUCGCGUUUGGCAAUUUUAUACCUUUCGUCUUUUUGAUAAGCAUAGCAAACGACAUUGGUAUACCCAGCUCCAAAAGUGCUUUACUCAUUGGUUACCAGGCCUUCACGCAAACAGCUGCCCGAAUAGCGUUCGGAAGGCUUGGAAAUAGUCCACGAAUAGACAGAGUUGCAUCUGUUCAAAUCAUUGGUCUUGUUUUGGCUGUCAACGCGACACUGUUUCCUCUAGCUCGGAGUUAUUUGUCUUUAGUUGUGUAUGUUGUUGUGUUUGGACUUUUCGAUGGAUGCUUAGCUGUCAUGUUUGGGAUGGGAACUCUUUACAUUGUCGGGGAGAAGCUCGUAGGGCGUGCCUUUGGAAAUCUUUGUUUCGCAGCGGCCAUUGGAAAUGUCCUGGGGCCACCUGUGGCAGGCUUCAUCUUCGAUGUGUUCGGAAAAUACGACAUAGCAUUUUACCUUUCUGGAGCUGUCAUGACAUGUGGGGUAUGUCUUCUGUUUCUAGUGCCGUGGCUGAUGCCGACAAAAACAGAACUAUGUCAAGAAAAGGUUAUGCUUCUGAACGAGACUGAUAAAUUGACGAAAAAAUCAACGAAUUACGAGAGAGCUUCACGAACGAUUUACAGCUUUCCCACCGAAGCUGCUUUCUUUGCGCGGGCUGCGCACUGCGACCACGUGUUACAGCGUAGCGUUUCCAUGGAAAUGCUAAACCGAAGUGGUACGUCAACUUUAAUGAAGUCGGCAAUGUUUCGCGCAUGGUCAGCCGCUGCCCAGUUGCACUGCACUGAUUCGUUGAAUGAAUCAUCGGGUUAUGAAAGCGAUUCCAAUAGACAGAGCCCUUCUUCGCAGUCUAGCGAAAUCGUGGAUACGUCAGAGGAAAACAAGCUUGGUUCUGUAACCAUAGUAACACCGGCUUUGAGCUUUGACGAUCUUGAAGUAGUUGUUCAACAAGAGAAACUUGUAAAGGGAGGAUGGUACGCUAGUUCUAUGGACAUGUUUAGCGUAAUGUUUGAAAAUUCAUUAGAACACGAUGUGACUAGUCGUCCAGCUUCAAUUAGUGAUAACACAAGCAGUGGAAAAGACGUAACUACUGAUGGAAAAAUACAAAUAACAACACUUUUAUCUCAGGCAGAACUUGACUACAACUUGGAAAUUUGUCAAGAAACAGUUUUAUGAAAGGAUUUCGCAGGUGAAACACGAUUUAACUCAGGGACACUAUCACGGGAAUGAUAUUCAAAUUCAAACUUAAUUACAUAUUUUCACUGAUGGAAACCUAAAUAUAGUGGGCAAGUUUGGUUAAAAAUUAGUACGCGAGAGUACUGAAGUUAUACAAGGAGGGUCCACGGGUUUUUAAGGCUAAAAGUUGGCUUCUUCACAGCUAACUGUUAAUAUAUAUACUUUUCGGUUAACAGAAUUCUUAGAAAUUUUAUUGCAAUUGUUUUAAAAGUUUAAAAAAGAUAAUUUGCAUCGUUUUAAAAAGUUAAAAUUUAUUAUGGUUAUUUUAAAACAUAUUUAACGCUUAGGACCAUUCCGAGAUGGAACAAUUUAUUAUCAUUUACACCAACUAAACUAGUUUAACUAAAUCAGGUUUAUGUUUCUCCAAUUUGUCAAUUGUGCUUUGCUGUAAUUUUCAAACCACGUUGCUAAUAUGUUUUAAUCAAACAGGUUUUUACCUUGCUAAGUUGUUGGGUAAGCACGGUACGAGCAACUAAUUUUUAACCUUGUUUAGCUAAACCACUUUAAAACAAGUUUAACAUGUUGGUGUGAACAAGGUACAAGUCUCCCGUCUUUUCCAUGUACUACCGAACCACAAGACAAGGCUACAAAAAGUCUUAACAAGAGACCUUGAGACUCACUUUCGUGGCUAAAAUUGGUUUACCGUUAACAGUUACAAAUUUUCUAACUUUUACACCUAACGGCUAACGUUUUGGCCCGUUUUACGGCCAUUGAGACCCUCUAAAAGGAGUGAUACAAUGGGUUACGCACGCAGUGGGUUGUGUUGUCAAAUUGAAAAUGUCUGGCAAAUCAUUUUGUCAAAUUCUGUUGUCGUGUCUUAGAAAAAUUGCAAAAUACUAAUAACCAUUUGCUCUUCCUUUAAUAAUUCAGUUAGUAUCUCCAUCUUGAUGUUCUUAGAGCAUUUCUUUCACGAGGGAAUGCACUCAGUUAAAAAUUUUAGCACUGUAUCAACUAAAAAUCUAACAAAAUCGCCCUGAAAAAGCGUUUUUCUUUUGAGCGUCGAAAACUGAUUGAUUUUGAACUUACUACGCCAUACGAUUGGCUUAAAAAACGCGCGCCACUUUUUCAUCCAAUCAGAAGUAAAACCAAAACCAGUCGUGC